GGUAUUUUUGUAAAGUGAGGUACUUUGUCUUCACACUGCGCAGGUUGCUCAACCUUUCUUAGAACCAGUUUUGACUGAAUAAUAUCCUAUGCUUUGUACUCUUUAAAAAAAAUCACCUAUAUUAAGUAUUUAUUUUAGUAGCUUACCUCCUGUGAAGGUCGUUGCGCUUAAGAUAACUAAAUAAAAUAAGUCUGAGUAAAUGAAGGUGGACUUUGAGGGAAUACAAACGACACUAGCUAAAAAAGAUGGUGUUAAUUCGGGUAACAUUACUGUCAAAAGUUGAUUUUUUUACGCUGGGGAAAUAAUGAGACAUUUCACUCAAAUGUCUCGAACAUUUUACCGAUCCAGACCGUAGUGAUUGCCAAACCGUACACUUUUCACCUGAAUGUACGUAAACUUCAAAAACCUCUUACGCUUACUACAUUUAUUCUUUUUAUCACCUUAAUAGCCUGGAAAUUCGCCUUUACUUUUCUUUGAGAAUGGACAGUACUUACGAUAAUAGUUAACGCAGAGUAUGAAAUUAUUUUAAUCGUUAGUAUUUAACAAAACUAAAAUAAACAUGAACAUUCCAGUGGGGGUUAUACGUUCUCAUACGUUCUCAUUUAUAAAACCAUGUGUUGUACUGGCUAGAGGGUUUCGGACUCCUUUUCCACUCAUCAAUAAGGAUGUGAAUUUUUUAUUUUAGUAGACCUACAGGACAGUAGUUAAAACAGGACGUGAUAACUAGUGCUUCCAUGUAAUCGGAGUUUACUGAGGCCCCUGUUACUCACUGUUCCUAGUAAGGUGAAGUCAAUGGACAAGUUUGGGGUGAGGAUGUACUCCAGAAUAAUUGUAAGAGAUGUCUUUGGGUUGUCGUCCAUUAAGUUUCUCACCUUAAUCAUCUGAAAUGUAAAUCAAUCGUCUAAUGAACAGUCAAACUUACAAAUCUGUCCCUGACAUCUCGUAGCAGACAUGUUUCCAGAGUCUCUAACUCUUUCUCAGUUGACAGAGGGAAACGAAACUCUCGCAGCUUGGAAGUACUGGUCGCCGUUGGCUGAAAUGCUAUAUUGUUUACAACCUUCAUUAGUUGUUUAACAUCUGCAAACAAGUCUGAUAUUGCUCCCAAAAGGUGUUUCAAGCUAGCACAUACUCUUGAUAAGCUAUUAAAGUUGAGACAAUUGCCCCCAUGACUUAUUAUACCGUUAGACCGCAUGUUCUUGUUGAUGUAGAAGUUGACUGGUGUACUUUUAUCCCAGUUGAACUUUUUUAUAUAUAUUUAUAAUAAAAAAGGGCCUACUUAGCUACCGGUGACAGACGUUUCAGUUAACUGUAACUUCGGAUGCUUGAUGUUGCUGAAUCCAGCCUGCAAUUCAGCUACAUUCAAGUCAACAUAAUGGUAAAAAUAGCCGUAUUUUCGUUACAGUGACUUUCUGUCAGUUAUUUAUAGGUUUAAUGUAUUUACAUUCUAGGCUUCACAAUGCUCAACAGUACUGUGUUUUCAUCUAUGCUUCCUGUUGCGUUUGCACCAAUGAUACAUCCUGCACAAGACGCGAAGUCUUUAUCAGCAUCAAAAUCGUCUACCGUAACCUUAAUAACUUUUGUUGAGACUCACCAGUGUAAUGCGACACUUUGUAUUUUACGACAAACCAGUCUUCUAUCACACUGACCUCUAGUAUGUCAACGUCUCUGAUAUUUCCCCAUACACAUGAACUGAUUAUAAUUCAAAAUUCAUCUACUAACAACCAAAAGAAGUUGCCUCUUCAUCCCAGCCUCAAUGAUAGAGAAUUUAUUAGCUUGAUUGUGAGAAAAAAACUAAGUGAGAAUAGUGAAUUCAACUUUAAAAUCAUCACUUUAUUAUCUCAAACGUAACGGGAUUACCACUUCGUAAUUAUUCUUCCUUAUAGGCAUGCGCAUAUGAACAAUGUCUACCAAAUAUCCACAUGUGCUCAUGGCUCAUUAAUGAGCACAUAAAAACAACUAGACUAGCUAAGUUUAAACCUUAUGCUGACCUUUCAGGCUUCUCCUUAGAACCCAUCACAUCUAGUGAUAUAAGUAAAGGUACAUUUCCGGACUAUCCAGGCGAAAAGUGGACAGUUUGAAAAUCACUAAGGUUUGGAUCGGCAAAAUUUUCGCCUCAUAGGAGACAUUUAGGCAAAAUAUCUCAUUAUUCCCCCAACGUAGGUAAAAACCUUUUUUUGAUGUAAUGUCACCUGAAUUAACACCAAAUUUUUUUUGUCCAUGUCCCUCGUAUUUCCUCAACGUUCGCUUUUGUUUCCCUAUUCUUGUUUUAUUGUGUAGUUCCUAGACGGUUGUAAAACUACUUUUGACCUGAUGAAUGGCCAAAACAUUACCUGUUUAAUUGUUGUUUUUCUAAAACACAAGAAAAUAGUUUACGUUAAGAUGAGAACAAACUAAUUGUUGAUUCCAUAUGCUACGUAAUACAGAAAUAUACAUUCAGUUUUCUCCUAUAUUAGCCCUAAAUUCUUGAUUUUGAUGUUCCCUGUACUCGUCGGCUAAUUGGGGCCUAUAAAUUUCAAGGUUGUUUUUAACGUCCCUGUAGUUAGGUUAUAUAGGAAGGUUUAAUUGUUAGGUAAUUUAACUUUCUAAUAUAUUUUUUUGCACAGGCAUUUUAGGUUAUUAGUUUCUGGGUAUAUUGUCUCAUAACCAGUGACAUCAUGUUUUAAUCGGCAGUAACUAACAGUGACACUUGGCUCUAUGACUUGCGAAUAAGUUCUCUUUCUUUUUCCGUAUGUAAACUCACGAGAUUUUGAUUUCACUGUACUGUCAAUCAUGUAUAUCCUCUAAACGUUUAACUCAACUUAAUGUCACCGGGAUUCCAAAUACAUUCAAAACCUCAAGUAUCACAUUAUCUGUGCUUAUAGUUGAUUGUUUUGAGGUAGGCCAGUAUGAUUUAACCUUAUUAAUCUGUAAGAUAUUAACCAGAAACAUCGAAUUAAAUCCAUAUUUUACACUGAGGAUGUCAGCAAACAGAUAUGUAUUACAUUUUACACUUUAUACAGAAAUGCCAUCAACUCAAAAUACGGUUUCUGAACGAGAUCCGCGCUACUGUCGCCAAUGGAAGUGUCAAGUUUCUGUGGGUGAAUUAUAUCGAUGGAUUUUAGCGAAACUUUCGGACAAAGAUAUCAAGCGGGCCCUGCAUAAAUACCGAGAUCUAAUGCCUAGACAAUCGGAUUGGAACAGAAAACUGACACAAGCUACGAGUAUGCCAGAGCUUGGUUUCCGAUAUCUGUAUCGAUGUGGACAGAUAGAUGAAAGUAACCAUCGAACUAUGCAGAAAAUGCUGAAAUAUAUCGAUCGUCAAGAUGUGCUGCCAUAUUUUGAUACAAUUUUGUACAAUACCAACCAUUCUAAUUGUUCUUUGGAGGAGCUACAAAAAGUUCUGUUGGAUAAAGUUAACGUGUUUUUGGAAUAUUCUUCUACACUGUCUGAAGAAGAAGUACAUCCAGAGCCUCCAUACGAAAUAAUACGACGCCAACCAGUUGAGGGCUCACGAGUUACAAGACUUAGUCUGAAAAGGAAAUCAUCUGUUGGUAGUACUGGUAAUAUUGCAUCUGUGAAACGAGGGCGCCGGUCUAUUAAUUCCUCAUCAGAGACUGGUCAAGUUAGUGAUUUCGAAAAUUCACCUCUUCGGCACUGUGGCAAAGUGCGAUCGGCGAUUAUUUCCAAUUCACUAAAUGGUCCUGUUGUGCACACUAUGCUUUCAGCAUCACUUAUUAGCAUGUUGGCAUCUUUACAUACUACCUUAUCUCAAACAUUCGAUAAUCCCGGUGUAUCAUCAAUAACUUCUAAUACAUCGAAUAGUAUUACAACUGGAAGUUGUAUUAGUGGUCCGAACUCUUCUAUUCCUAAGAAUUCUUUAAUCUCUCAUUUAUUGGCUAUUAUCCCACAUUUGAUUGCUGUUUCACGUGCUGCAAAUCAAGUAUCCAAUCCAAGUCUACUAUCUAGUCCGGCACUACCCUCUCGAAUAUCGAAUCUUCCAAAUAAUAUAAAUAAUAACAAUUCAGGGAUUUUUGGUUCAAGAUUUGCCGGUAUUCCUAACAGACCGGUAAUCAAUGUGGAUAGACGGCUGCCUCAACAGGUUCAAGAUAAUGUAGAUCCUGCUGCUCCGGUUGUUUUAGAUAAUUUAAAUCACGAACAGAACGUUCAAGAUCCAAUCCACCCUGUCAUACCUGGUGUUCGUGCGCCACUCAUCAACCCUCCUAACUUGGAAGCAGAUCGUCCAGGCGGACUGUUGUUUGCACCUCAACCUAAUAUUCGACUUGCAGAUGGUGGAUCACCUCCUGUAGUUUCUCAACAUUCGACAAAUCCCCCUGUUUUAUUAAAGCAUGUUGUUUUGUCAAGCGGAGGAAUAGGUAUUACUGCCUCGCCACAUGAUUCAGUAAUCCAAUAUUAUUGCAAUAUUAAACUGCAUGUCAAUAUUGAUUUUGGUCCUUCUACAGAAAGUUUAAGAAGAAUUCAAACAGUUCGCCAUGAAUUUUUUGAACGUCAAAUUGAUUUCUUUUUACAAGCAUCAAAUUUAUUAAAAACUCGUUCACCAAAUGAAUUUAUUUGUAAUUUACAAUUUACACGACUUAAUCAACUUGAAGAUUUUUGGGCUGAUUAUCAGUCAGGUGCAUUACGUUAUUAUCUCAUGUCUAUACUGAGAAGUGAAAGGAAUCGAAGUUUUUUUGGUGAACCACCACAACAGAUACCUUCCCAGUCUUCAUCAGUUGUCGAACAACAUGUUGUGCCUGAUGCUUUAGGUCGACAAAAUGAAGUUGCAAAUGCUGUGGAUAAUGAAGGAGUGGAUGUAACUGUUCCUUUAAUGCCGAAUAAUGAAUCAAGAAAUUCAGCUGAAAAUAAUUCUAAUGAUAUCAGUGGUGGUAGUAGUUCGAGGCCAGUUAAUCCAAAAGUAUCUGGUUUCAAUACAUCAGAAUAUUCUAAUCAUAAUCCUGCAUAUUCAACAGUUAAUCCGGCCUCAUCUUUAAAUAUGGCACAAGACGAAAACUCACUCAAUAUGUUGACAUCUUGUAUUGAAGCACUGAAUCGUUCAUUCCAUCGUAUGAGACGCCGUGAAGUCACUAGUCCAUCUCUGCCUGCAGAACAAGUGAAUGAAUUUAUUAGAUUCGAAUUGAAUUUAUUUGUUUCACGUAGAGAAUAUGAAAAUGGCCGAUGUUUAUUAAUGCGUAAUUUACGUUCUAUACCGAGUUUAUGUCAAUUGGUCUCAGCAUCUUCAUUAUUAACACCAAAUACUGCUGUUAAUUCUGUCAGUACAACGCCAUAAAAUCUCGAGAAAAAAAACAGAAAAUUCUUAUGAAGUCUUUCUCGUUGAUGUUUCUUUAUUAUUCGGGAACAAUAAAACAUUGUAUUAUUCAGUUCUUCGAUAUUUUUUGUUCUGUAUAGCACUUGUAAUUAUACUCAGUUGUUGUAUUUUUUUAAAUCUUUUGUGUAAUAUGAAAUGAGACCUAUACUGUUUACUUUUUUAAUCUCGAUGGUAGCAAAGAACAGUCGAUAACUUUGUGAAGAGAAAUUCAGUAGAUCGUUGUAGAUACUCAUCGUUUGUGUCGUUUUCUAAGUAGUUCACAAAUUUUCAUGAUAUCUAACUAAGUAUGAUUAUUUUAAUAUUUUGAAAUUAAUUUGUUUUAAACUGCACAAAAUAUAUGACUUUAUGUCACAUUACGUUUUGGAAUAUACCUGUUUUCAAGUUGAAAAUUUCAAUUGUUCAGAACAGUUUGAUAUAGUUAUUGAGG